AUGGCGAACAAGAUGUCCAUGGUCAAAAUAGCCGUCCUCGGCGAGGGCGGCGUUGGCAAGACCUCCCUGACCAUCCAGAUGUCGCACCAACAUUUCGUUGAGGAGUACGACCCCACACUAGAGGACUCGUACAGGAGACAGUGCGUCGUCGAUGACGAAGCAUGCCUGUUGGAGAUCCUCGACACGGCCGGGCAGGAAGAGUUCACCGCGCUGCGGGAACAAUGGAUACGCGACAGCGAGCUCUUCCUGAUCGUCUACAGCGUCACAUAUCGCCCCAGUUUCGAGGCCGUGCAGAAGGUGUUCGAGCAAGUCUUGAGCACGAAGGAGAGGUACUCCGCGCCGGGUGGCUUCGACGCCUCUCUCGUCGUCCUGGUCGGGAACAAGUCAGAUCUGGACCACAAGAGGACCGUGGGCAUCAGCGAAGGGAGGAUGCUGGCCAAGAAGCUGGGCUGCGGCUUCAUCGAGACCAGCGCAAAGACCCGGACCAACGUCGAAGAGGCCUUCUACAAGGUCAUACGCGCCGACCGCAAGCGCAAACGAGAUAUAAGGGAGCGCGAAGACAGCCGCCACAAGUCCGACUUAGCAGACCUGGGCAUCGACCCACCCAAGACGAAGAAGAGCUUUUUCAAGAGGAUUUUGAAUCGCAGUUGA